AUGCUUUCAACGAUCAAAUCUUUAUUUUUCUUAGUGUGUCUUUUGAACGUCGCCGUGGGUUUCAAAGUUCACAAUGGUGUGGUUUCAGUCGGUGCCAAAUCUGAGAAAUUCACUUGUUGUGACCCAAUAGAAACCCCUGUGUCCAUUACCACCGAUAAAGAUUCUAUCGAUUUCAAAUUCUCGGUAUUGGACCCAGAAGGUAAAGAACCUUACAGACCAAACCAGGUGGUGGUGGUGUUAUCCAAGCAAGAAUCGUCAUUGGAACAAUCAUUUAUUCCAAAAUUCAAUUCCAAAAAUGCUGCAAGUGUUUCCAUUGCCAUCAAUGAAAUUUCUAAGAACUUGUUGUUUUUCGAAACCAAUAGCGAAGAACCAGUUCUUGAUGUCAGUAUAAUAUUGGGAGACUAUGCCAUCAACUCUCCAGUGGUCAAAAAGAUUGGAUCCAUCAAAUUUGCCGGCUCCUUGGUAAAGAAACUUUCUAAAAAUUACUCCAAACCUUCCAGAAGCACUGUCAAGCCAGAAAUCCGUCACAUUUUCAGAUCUCCUGAAAAGCAAGUCAGCCCAAUUAUUGCCACUUUCUUCAUUCUGUUGAUUGCUGCAUCAUUCUUGUGGUUUGUCGGUACUUUGUUGGCUCACGGUACGGUCAACUUGAAGAAUUUCGGUGCCGCCAGUGGUGAACCAGUAUUCUAUGGUGUUUAUAAGAUCGCUUUCAUCGGUUCUAUCAUUGCAUUUGAAGCAUUCUUCAUUCAAUACUAUAUUGGAGACUCAAUCUUCAAUUUGAUUUUCAAAACUGCCAUUUUGGCUGGUCCAAGUGUUUGGUUUGGAUCAAGAGUGUUUAGAAGUUUAUUGCAAAAGAAGGUCCAAGAUGGUAAGGCUUGA